ACAUAGCGAGACUGGUUAACAUAAGAGGAUUGGAAUACAUUUCCGUUAAAGCAUUUAGAUUUUUAUUGUUAAUAUUGAUUUCAACAAUGUGAAUACUAUGAGAAAUAAUUAUGAGUUACAUUGAAGGAAAGUCCUCAUUUAGUGGAAGUUUGUCUGAGUUAAAAUUAAAUAAAGCUAUUGAGCUUGUAACAAAUGCGACAGAAGAAGAUAAAAAGAAAAAUUAUGACGAAGCCUUAAAGCUGUAUGAGCAUGGAGUAGAGUAUUUCCUUUAUGCAAUCAAAAAUGAAGCACAGAGUGAUAGAGCAAAAGAGUGUAUAAGAGCAAAGUGUAUGCAAUACCAAGAUAGAGCUGAUAAGCUGAGAAACUACCUCAACUCCAAGAAAAAACCGUCAAAAAGUGAAGAUGAAGAAGAAGGUGUCUUGUCAGGUGAAGAUGAAGAAGAAGGUGUCUUGUCAGGUGAAGAUGAAGAAGGUGUCUUGUCAGGUGAAGAUGAAGAAGAAGGUGUCUUGUCAGGUGAAGAUGAAGAAGAAGGUGUCUUGUCAGGUGAAGAUGAAGAAGAAUGUGUCUUGUCAGCAAACUUAAAACAACUGCAGAUAGGUGUAUUAAAAUCAGAAAAAAAGAAAAAUGAGGCUGCAAUCGAGAAGAUCCAAGAAGAGACAAAUAAAUUAAAAGAGGAAGUGAAUAAAUUGAAAGUGGAAAGAGAUUUAUAUAAGAUUAAAAAUGACUAUUACCAGUUAAAACUUCAGAAGUCGAAAGCAGAAAUAAGUGUGGUGAUUUUAUCUUUUGUAACAGUGGUGAUUUUAUUUUUUGUAACUGUGACACUUGGUCACUUUUUAUAGCAACAAUGGAAUCAUACUCAAUCACACCUUUGCGGCCAGACAUUAAAGUAAUUACAUGUAAUACAUAGAACGGAUACGUACGGUGUUUUGUCUAACCCAUUAUUUUUGCAUAAUUUUGGAGUUCCGUUAUUAAAUAUUUACUUAAGGUACAUUGUUAU